CGCGCACCUCCCGAACCCCGUCCGACUGUUUUGUGGAGAUAAAUCGAUCAGCCUCACUUUCAGCGGCUGAAUUGGCGAUUUCGGCCAAAAUUCGCCACAAUUUGACGCAUUAGGCAGCAGAAAUGUAUUCCACACUGCGAUCAACCGUUGCUUAUGUCUUCUUCGGCACACUGUCGGCAGCAUUGACGAUAAUAAUCCUCUACUAUGUGGUCACCGGCAAGGGAGAAAGAAUAAGCGUAGGAUGGUUCUUGGAGGACACAUCCCCACACAUGUGGUCGUCGAUCGGAAUUGGUCUGGCUGUAGCUCUGUCAGUCGUCGGAGCUGCCUUGGGCAUCCACACGACUGGUGUCAGUAUUGUGGGUGGAGGAGUCAAAGCACCCAGGAUCAAGACUAAGAAUUUGAUCUCAGUCAUUUUCUGUGAGGCUGUGGCUAUUUACGGAUUGAUCACAGCUAUUGUUCUUUCUGGAAUGCUCGAGGACUUUACUCAAGAUAAGCUUUUGGAAAAUGAAGCUCUUGUUUCAAUGAAUUGGUUCUCCGGUUACUUGAUGUUUGGUGCUGGUCUGAGCGUGGGACUUGUCAAUUUGUUCUGCGGAAUUGCUGUCGGCGUUGUCGGCUCUGGAGCUGCGCUUGCUGAUGCUGCCAAUUCUGCCCUUUUCGUCAAAAUUUUGAUUGUCGAGAUUUUCGGAAGUGCCAUUGGCCUCUUCGGACUUAUUGUUGGUAUUUAUAUGACUUCAAAGGUCAAGAUGGGCGACAAGUUGUAAAUUGUGAAGCACAAAUGUAUUUAAAUGCGAGUGAGCGAUAUAACUACACAACGUAGCUUUCAUGUUUCACAUUCGAAGCCACCUCUAGUCCGAAAUUGGAAAAACCUAACCAGAGGCCAUCGAUAUUCCAGAACAAGUUAAAAAGAUCAAUAUUUGAGCCAUAAAAUUGCAACAUUCCACUAUUACAUGUCUUAUCAAGUAACCAACAUUUCAAUUAUGCAUAAAUGUGUAUUAAAUGUGUAUAUCGUAUUAUAGAAAUUAUAUCGGGACACGUGUAAAUAAAAUGAUGAAUUAAUAAAGGUAGGAGUUAAAUGUUA